AUGCGUUUGCUUAGCCUUGUGGCAGGCGCUGCCUCUCUUGGAGUUGCCGCUGCUGGAGUGAUCCAAGCCAAGUCCAACGAAGACACCUGCGCCAAUGUUGUGAACACUGGCGAGGUUUUGCAUGUCUCUAUCAACAUCAUUGAGUAUCCCAUCAUUGUUGAUGUGGAGCUGGAAGAGGAUGCCGUUAUUACCGUCGAUAACACCAUCCUUAUUGAAUGCACCAAUGCUCCUACCCAUCUGCACACUACCGUUUAUGCUGUCGAGACUUCGACUGUUACCAAGACCAUCUCUACUGCCACCAUCUCUGUCGAGGGCAUUGCCACUCAGGCUGCUGCUUCCACUGAGAAUGGUCGUACCAUUCUCACCAAGAUUGGUACUAAGACCAAGGCCUCCAACGCUCAACCCACUGCUCACACUAAGUAUCAAGGUCCCGUUGCUGGUGGUUCGGCUGUCGGAUCAGGCUUCAACACUAACCUGAACACCAAGCCCGCAUCCCAGACCGAUGUUCGCACCAUUGUUCGCACUGCCACCCACCUCGGAUCUACUACCACCAAGACCUACACCACAACAGUUGCUUCGACCACUGCUACUGUCGUGCCCGGCCAAUACACCAACUGGACCACCUACAAGGCCAACGGUGUGAACCUUGGUGGAUGGCUCGAGCAGGAAGAGGUCUUCAACCAGUACUGGUGGGACCAGCAUGCCCCCGAGGCCGUCGAUGAGUGGACUUUCUGUGAAGAUCUCGGCUCCCAGUGUGGUCCUGUUCUCGAAGAGCGCUACGCCACCUUCGUCACGACUGCUGACAUUGACAAGAUGGCCGCUGUUGGCGUCAACACUCUCCGCAUCCCCACCACCUACGCUGCCUGGAUUAAGGUCCCCGGCUCUGCCCUGUAUCACGGAAACCAGCAGGAAUACCUGAAGAAGAUCACCGUGUACGCCAUUGAGAAGUACAACAUGCGCGUUAUCGUCGGCCUGCACUCCCUUCCCGGUGGUGUCAACAACCUCGACAUCGGCGAGGCCGCCGGUCACGAUGCCUGGUUCUUCAACAACACCAACCUGGACUACUCCUACCAAGCCGUGGACCAGGUCCUGGCCUUCUUCGUUGAGACCGGAUACCCCUGGGCCUUCACCAUUGCCCCGAUCAACGAGGCCUCCGACAACCCCACUGCCUUCGCGUCGGCUGACACUCUGACCGCGAACGGUACCGCCUGGAUCGUCAAGUACACCCGUGGUGUCUUGAACCGCAUCGCCAAGGUUGACUCGCGCAUCCCGCUCAUGCUGCAGGACUGCUUCGUUGGCGAGGAGCACUGGUCUCCCUACUUCCCGGCCGGCACUAACCUCGUCAUCGAUAUGCACGUCUACUACUUCGCUGCCUCUGGUGUAUACUCCCAGUGGGCUGAUGGUGCGAUCUGUGGACAGGCUUCUGUUCUCGGUGGUGAUGGCAAGUUCCCUGUUUUCGUUGGAGAAUGGGCUCUGCAGACUCUGUACAGCAACACCUAUGCCAACCGUAAGGAUCUCUUUGAUACCCAGCGUUACGCUUGGAGCUACUAUGUCCAGGGUGGAUCUUUCUGGAACAUCAAGCACAACAGCAGUGUUGCUGUUGAUGGACAGGGUACCCAGAAGGACUACUGGUCCUAUGAGCUUCUCAUCGAUGCUGGUGUUAUCACCAAGGCUGUCUCUAAUGCCACUUACUGCUAG